CUAUAAAUAAACUUGCAUUUACUGUACAAACCCACCCAUAUCCCACUUGAUUCCUGCCAAAGAUAUAAAUGGGAAUUGUAGAAGAAGGUCACAACGUCAAGGUCCUCGGCUCAGGCGACGAAAUCAUCGUCUUGGCUCAUGGCUUCGGCACCGAUCAGUCGGUGUGGAAGCACCUCGUCCCUCACCUUCUGGAGGAUUAUCGCGUCGUUUUGUACGAUAAUAUGGGCGCUGGGACAACCAAUCCUGACUACUUCGAUUUCAACAGAUAUGCAACUCUUGAAGGUUUUGUCUAUGAUUUGCUUGCGAUUUUCGAAGAGCUGCAAAUUGAGUCUUGUAUUUUUGUUGGCCAUUCUGUUUCUUGCAUGAUUGGAGCCAUGGCCUCUAUCCAUCGCCCUGAUCUCUUCACCAAAAUUGUCAUGAUUUCUGGUUCCCCGAGGUACUUGAAUGAUGAGGAUUACUUUGGAGGAUUUGAACCAGGGGAUCUAGAGCAGCUUUUCGAAGCCAUGCGGUCCAAUUAUAAGGCGUGGUGUACAGGAUUUGCCCCACUAGUCGUCGGCGGGGACAUGGAAUCUGUGGCGGUUCAAGAAUUCAGUCGAACCCUAUUCAACAUGCGACCAGACAUAGCCUUGAGUGUGGCGCAAACCAUAUUCCAAAGUGACUUGAGGCAAAUUCUAAACCUAAUCACCAUACCUUGCCACAUUAUCCAAAGUAUCAAGGACUUAGCCGUGCCGGUGGUUGUCUCAGAAUACCUUCACCAGAACCUUGGUGGGAUUUCCAUAGUUGAAGUGAUGUCGUCUGAUGGCCACUUGCCGCAGUUGAGCUCGCCGGAUACCGUUAUUCCUGUGCUGCUCAGGCACAUUCGUCACAAUAUUGCACAGUGAUAAUAAAGUCAAGGUCAUCUUUUAUUGUUGAUCAUUUGGAAUUACUAUGUUAUGUAGAAGAUUUAAAAAAAAAAUAAAAUUUAAGCUUUUGUCAA